AUGGCUCCGCGCCGCUGGCUAUGGCCUUGCUCCGACUCGCACGUCCUCCGUCUGCCUGCCUACCAGAAGCCCUCUCUGCAUUCCUGCCUUGUCCAUCCCGACCACCCUGAUCAGGUCCUGGUCGCCGAUUCGCAUCAUCUGGACGACGACCUGCACUCUGCCAAACGCCGCCGCAUUGAAUCCAUUGCCCAUGCUUACCUCAGUGGCCAGCCCAUCUACAUACCCUCUGCUACCCUAAAGGGUCCUUUUCCUGCCGACAAAGACCUAUCUAUCUGUCACGACCCUCUCUCGAGCCCCGAUGCCACACCUGUCUCGCCUCCACCUACCCUUACCGCCGACUCGUUCAUUCGUCGUAGACCAGAGCACAAACCGCCCCCAGAGUCAAUCUCUCCCGAUCCUGCUCGCACCCCAUCUCGGCCCCGCCAUUCUUCUGCUGUUGUACUAGACAAGCCCGCCAGCCGCCCGCGACCCUCUCAUCCGUCCUCGCGUACGGCUAAGAACAAAUCUUUGCAAUCCAACCUUCCAUCCUCCGCUGUCUCGGCUCCAGAUACCGACCUGCCGCCAUUGCCCAAAUUCGUCUCUAUCAACCAGGUUCUUGCCCAGGCCCGUCCUACGUCCAACCAACUUCCAACUUCUACUGCGCCAGCUCGUUCUUUUCCCUCGCCGAGAGUCCGCAUACCCGAUACAGACUUUAUUUCUCCUAGUCCAUCGCCCUCCAGAUAUGACGCUUCCCCCACCAAGGCCGCCGUUUUGAGACAGAGGCCCGCUUCCUCUCUGAACCGAGUAGAGAAAGCUCCUCCAUCGGCUAACAAGCUUCCGAGUGUGGAAAAGAACAAACGACCCAUCAAACGAGUCUAUCAAGCAGCUGCUGCCCCCGAUACUUCGCCAUUCAUAUACAGAAAGAACGCUGUUCAGGGCAAAAACCCCUCUGCAUCAAGCAGACAGAAGAGUACCGAACCAGAUCUUGCGCCUGUCGAGCCGGAGGAUGUGGUUAUCCAACCUAGUACAACAGCCAGGCAGUCCAAGACACCAGUCUCGCCACAAAAACGCCAUCAUGUGCUUUUUGGAUCAGCUCCGGAUAUCUCGGAUGCAGAGUCAUCGAAUGCACCGUCUACCGCUGUUCAGCCCGAGUGCUCGCCGGAACGCCCUUCGCGCGAUCUCGUGCCUGCGAUCAACAUGUCUUUCGGCCAGGAGUCUUUGGGCAUGAAUUUUGACAUCGUCAAUCACUUUGAUACAUCUCUACCUGCGCCCCCCAUAGAGAACAAAAUCAUUGACGUUAACCAAGGUGACCAGCAACCACCUACCGCAACUGUCACUUGGAAUCUGGACACGGAGAUUCCCCCUCAAAACACCAGCAAUGCACUGAUUAACGGGACAGGGAAACCAGAAUUUGCUUCGAGGGAUCUGAUUCAAGAAGAUACCGUAGACGGCGCUGCGGCAUCGCGUCCGGACCAAGAACGUGAAAUGAUGCAUGGAUCAGCAGCCAAGGCAUCGUUGGAACCCACCGGUGAUCCAGUUGACGAUGCUAUGGAAGACACGGUCAUAGAUGAUCUGGCAGCAGAAGAGAACAUCAUGGAUGAGCUGCCAUACAUCAGUACUCAAGCAGCCAUGCAAGACGCCCAUCGCGCUUUGUUUGAUGCCUCCUCACCGGUGCAGCCACCAGAAGAGAGGUUCGAGUUGCCUGUCGAGACGCCAGCAAGGCAUGCCACGAGUUCCCCCCCGAGUCCGGUACACGCCAUUACACCGUUCCAUCAGUUCAAUGCCGAGUUUACGACUGACACACAGGCUCCAUUGCCUAACACGCAAGCCUUGUUCGACGGCUUCUACUCUCCAAUCAAGCUGAGUGGUCAAAAACCAAGGGCAACCAAAAGGGCGAGUUUCGUUCCCUCUGUCAUUCUUGAGGAUGCGGACGAUACCGUCGCGAGCAUCCUAGACUUUUCCGAAAAUGGAGAUGCACGCGAGAUCAAUCAUGAUGGAGUCGAUCUCGAACAGAAUGACGAACCUACCAACGGCCAACACCUGUCGCCCGACCAAAGUGUGCUCAGUCCAACAGAGGACCAGGGCCGGACGAGUGCCUCCCUUAGUGACUCUCCAGACAUCAUUCUUUCACAGAGGCCUCCAGCGUCAACUAGAGACUCCGUUCGUCAUUCCUUGCCUGCCCUGCAAACCGAAUCUGUCAGCCUUUCCGAGAUGCUAGAUUUUGUCAGCAAAAGAACAGGUAUAGACGUUGACACACUUUUGUCUCAAGCUACGCCGACAUCUUCUUCUCGAAGCGCGAACAACAACGGCCGCGAAUCUGGUCGUUCAUCUAGAGUCAAACCUCGCUCAUCUCUACCAAAGCCGGCGGGCUCGUCUCAGUCAAAGCGUCCGCGGUCAUCUUUGCCGAAGUCACUCCCUGAGAGAAGAGUCGGACAACGUCGCUCCACACGGCUUUCCCUGUCACAACCAAACCCUCAGGUGGAUGGUGCGAAUGACGACGAUGAUGAGACCGAUUUUGACAUUGACGGACCUUCGGCAACACAGCCCCAAUUGACACAACCUCGCCUAUCUUUCGCUGGUUUGAAUAACUCCUUUGCCUUGGUCUCUUUUGGUGUACCCGAUGGCUCGUCCACAAUACCUGACCCCAGUCUUGCAUUCAAUCAUGCGCAGCAAAAUGCAACACCCGCGUCGGAGAAGCUUUCCAUGACACCCGGUAGUGCACCACAGAGUACGGGACCUAUGUCGAGUUUCCAACAUGCUCAGAAGCAGUACAGCAGUUUGACCGACCUUGACAGUACGAUGCCAGAUUUGCCGCAAACAUUCUCGCCGCCGGUCCGUUGA